AUGGACGGGAUGCUGCUGCUGGCGAGAUGUCUACUGGUGGUCCUCGUCUCCUCCCUGCUGAUGUGCUCGGGGCUGGCGUGCGGGCCCGGCCGGGGGUUCGGGAAGAGGCGGCACCCCAAAAAGCUGACCCCUUUAGCCUACAAGCAGUUUAUCCCCAACGUGGCGGAGAAGACCCUGGGAGCCAGCGGAAGGUAUGAAGGGAAGAUCUCGAGAAACUCGGAGCGAUUUAAGGAACUCACCCCCAACUACAACCCCGACAUCAUAUUUAAGGAUGAGGAAAACACCGGAGCGGACCGGCUGAUGACUCAGAGGUGUAAGGACAAAUUGAACGCUUUGGCCAUCUCCGUGAUGAACCAGUGGCCAGGAGUGAAACUGCGGGUGACCGAGGGCUGGGACGAGGACGGCCACCACUCGGAGGAGUCGCUGCACUAUGAGGGCCGCGCAGUGGACAUCACCACGUCGGACCGUGACCGCAGCAAGUAUGGUAUGCUCGCCCGCCUGGCGGUGGAGGCCGGCUUCGACUGGGUGUACUACGAGUCCAAAGCGCACAUCCACUGCUCCGUGAAAGCAGAGAACUCGGUGGCGGCCAAGUCCGGCGGCUGCUUCCCGGGCUCGGCCACGGUGCACCUGGAGCAGGGCGGCACCAAGCUGGUGAAGGACCUGCGCCGCGGGGACCGCGUGCUGGCCGCGGACGACCAGGGGCGGCUGCUCUACAGCGACUUCCUCGCCUUCCUGGACCGCGACGACCGGGCCAAGAAGGUCUUCUACGUGAUCGAGACGCGGGAGCCGCGCGAGCGCCUGCUGCUCACGGCCGCGCACCUGCUCUUCGUCGCGCCGCUCAACGACUCGGCCGCCGCGGAGCCCGGGGCGCCGUGGGGCGCGGGGCCGCCGCCGGGGGGCGCGCUGGGGCGCCGGGCGCUCUUCGCCAGCCGCGUGCGCCCGGGCCAGCGCGUGUACGUGGUGGCCGAGCGCGACGGGGACCGCCGGCUGCUGCCGGCCGCCGUGCACAGCGUGACGCUGCGCGAGGAGGCCGCGGGCGCGUACGCGCCGCUCACGGCCCAGGGCACCAUCCUCAUCAACCGGGUGCUGGCCUCGUGCUACGCGGUCAUCGAGGAGCACGGCUGGGCACACCGGGCCUUCGCGCCCUUCCGCCUGGCGCACGCGCUCCUGGCCGCGCUGGCGCCCGCGCGCUCGGGCCGCGGCGGGGACGGCGACGGCGGGGGCGGCCGGGUGUCCCCGCCCGCGCCCGGGGAGCCCGGGGAGCCCGACGCGCCAGGGCCCGCGGGCGUCCACUGGUACUCGCAGCUGCUCUACCAAAUAGGCACCUGGCUUUUGGACAGCGAGGCCCUGCACCCGCUCGGCAUGGCCGUCACGUCCAGCUGAAGCCCAGGGCGGGGCGCGGGGACGCGGGGACGGCCCGGGAAGCCGCAGCGCCGGCGAAAGACACGCGGAGAAAGCGCACGGAGCGAGACUUCAUUAUAAUAAUAAUUAAUGAUAAUAAUAAAGUAGGACAGUCCAAAGUAGACUAUAAGGAAACAAAGACCCUGGGAAGUUUUGUUGUUGCGUUUAGUUUAUAUAUAUAUAUUUUUGAACUUUUUGGUUAUUGUUUUAUUUUGGUUAUUUUUUUCUCCUCUCCUGGCUAUUUAUUUGUUUGGUAUGAAUAGAUGUUUUAAAUAAUAUGAACCGGACCUUCAAGAGCCUUAAAUAGUUUGUUUCUUGGAUAAUUUAUUAUUAUCACGUGGACUGGACUCACAGGGGGAAGAUUAUUUUGUGCGGCCAAGCAACCUGCUCAGAGUCUAUUUUUCUACGUCCCUCGCCCUGUCCGGAAGCAAACCCUGGACUGCGCGUUCCUCCCUGGCAGCGCUCCUGCUUUUCCGCAAGCAUAAAUCAAACGUGCUUAGUGGGGGUCCACAAAUUAUAUUUUUAUACACAGAAUUGUAAAUUAGAUUUUUUGAGAGAUCAAUACUUAACUGAAUUACAUUUCAUUUUUUGAAAUAGUGUAAAAUAUGAAAAUAUAUUAUUUUAAUUUAACUAG